AAAUAGUUUGAUUUCAAAAUGUUUUUAUAUUUAGUUACCCAAAUAACAAGUAAAAAAUUAAAAUUAAAAAAUGUGCAGCAAAUUUGGAGAAGACACCACUGCAAUGGAGGUUGUAGAAGGCAUCAGCCUGAAAGGCUAUGAAGUAAUCGUUACCGGUGGAAACUCUGGAAUUGGUAUUGAAACUAUUAGAGCAUUAGCAAAAGCUGGUGCCAGAUGUGUUCUUUCUACAAGAGAUUUGGAAAAAGGACACCAAGUUGCUAAAGAACUAAUUGCUUUUACAGGGAACGAUCAGAUCGAAGUGGAGCUACUUGAAUUGGACUCGUUAGAAAGUGUAGAUAAUUUUGUGCAAAGAUUUCUUGCAAAAAACAGACCGUUAAAUAUAUUGGUUAAUAACGCUGGAGUUAUGGCGUGUCCUAAAUCUUUCACUAAAAAUGGAUUUGAAACCCAAUUUGGUGUUAAUCAUAUGGGGCAUUUUGCUUUGACUGUUGGACUUUUACCUGCGUUGAAAGAAGGCGCAAAACUUAUGAAUAAUAAAUCUAGAGUAGUCAAUGUCAGUUCAACAGCGCAUGCGUUUCAGAACGUUGAUUUCAAUGACAUUCAUUUUACAAAAGGUAGAAAAUAUGAAAAGUUUUUAUCUUAUGGACAAUCAAAAACAUGCAACUGCUUGUUUUCAUUAGCUUUGACGAAGCGAUUUUUUAACGAUGGUAUUGCUUCGAAUUCAGUUAUGCCUGGAGUUAUCAUGACCAAUUUGGGAAGACAUAUAGGUAAAGAUUUUUGGAUUGAAAGAGAACUGAUUGAUGAAAACGGUAAAUUACUAAAAAAAUUUAAAACAAUUGAGGCGGGCGCCUCAACCUCAGUGUGGGCUGCAGUAUCACCAGAAUUAGAAGGAAAAUCUGGUCUGUAUCUGGAGAAUUGUUCCGUUGGCAAGGAAGAAGCAGACAUCAAAAAAAUACACACUUUGUUCGUUGGUUAUGCCCCAUAUAUUAUGAAUGAAGAAGCUGCUGAUAAACUUUGGAAUAUCUCAGAAGAGCUAUUAAGAAAAAGAUCUAUCUGACAUCUCUUCUUGUAAGUCAACAUAUCUAUACAAUCUUGCAAAUAUCUUACGUAAACAAUCUUACAAAUUUUAUUUUAUAAUUUGGAGCAUAAACUUGUAAAAUUUAAGUAAAAAUGUAAAAUUUAAAGAAAAAAUAAACUUUAUUUGUUUGAACACCA